CUGUACUCUGUAGUCUAUGGAAAGGUGCAUUGUUAUUAAAUAACAUGACGUGCAUAAUAUUGUAAUGCUAAUAUUUUGAUCUAUUUAUUCAAAAUGUUAAGGUGACAAUCGUAGACCUGAGUAAUAUAGUUCAGCGAAUAAUCAUUAUUCAUUCAUUCAUUAUCCACUGUAAAGUAUCAAAAACUAAGAAGGUAUUCAGUAUUAACGAAUAAACUAUUAAACAACUUUUGUGUAUUUGUUCCGGACGUUCGAGUGUCACGGUUUGGUAACUACAGACACCUGAUGCAAAUUUAUGUAUCUAUUAUUUUAUAAUAAUACGUUUGUAAAUAAAUUAUUACAUUAUUACACGUUUUAACGAGAAAUCAUAAUAAUAUCAAUCACAUUAAUAUAUUAUGAUGGCUACCAUUGAAAAGAAUUCACUGUCAUCUGAGUUUUCAUCACUUCUGUCAAAUACACUUACCAGUCGAGGACAUGAGCGACUAUUCAACAUUGCUUUUGUAUUCACUGUUGAAACUGGCUUUAUUCCAAUUUCUUUAGAAGAGCAAUUCAAUUCAACUGAUUCAAACAUCAAACUGGCUAAAACGAUAAAGAGCCAGCCACUAAAUUCAUUUUGGUAUAAAGAUAAUGACAAUUUUCAUGCUGAGCUAGUAAUGUCUAAUCAGUUAUGCCAUUUAAUUGGAGUUUCUAUUGAUGGUUCAUUAAUUAUAACAUUGAUUCAUUCAAGUAUAUCAAAGUGUAUUAAUUUUGAGGAUGAUGAAAUCAUUUCCAGUGAAAAUAUAAAAAGUUUGUUUGAUUUAUCCUUAAAAUAUAAAAAUUUGGUUAGCGUUCCAGUCAAAUGUGCCAUAAAGGAAAUUACUGUUGGUCAAUAUCCUUCUUUAUGCGGAGUACCUGAGGAAUUGAUUUCCUAUAUUUUGACAAAACUUAAUCCCCCUGAUUUGUAUUCACUGAUGCUAUCCUGUAAAAAAAUGUAUCAUUUAGUGAUAAAUAAUCAGUUAAUAUGGAAAAAAAUUGUGAUUGAAUUGGUAAAAACAUUGCCAGAAGCACCUAGACUUCUAGUUAAUAUUCCUGAUUGGAGACUUUGUUAUUAUGAUCUUAAUAGAACCGUAAAAUGUAAGAGAAAAGUAGUUGAAAGAAUAAGAGAAUAAAUGUUAAUUUAUUUUUACGAAAAUAAAUGUAUUUAUAUUUUAUAAAACACUGUAUGCAUACAAAAUGCAUCUAACUAUAUUUUUAAGUAUAUAUAAUUUGCAACUAUAAUAUAAUUAUGUUGUAUAUAAUAUUAUGACUAUAGUAUUUUCUACUAGAUAAUGCAUAAUUAUUAGUUAAUUAUUAAUUAUAAACAUAGCUCGAAACAUAGUUUACUUGCGAUUAUGGCUAUUAUGUGUACCAUAUAACUAUUGCUUAAUCAGGCACGUUCACAAAAAAAGUUUGAGGGAGGGUUCAUAAAAAAAUUUACAAUAAUCAAUAUUUAUCGAUGAAUGAUGAUAUAAAUAAACUACACAACUAUUCAUUUUCAGGGGGGGUUGAACCCCCAAAACCCCCUGUAUAUGUGCCUGUGCUUAAUAAUAGUAAGUUAUAAACAAUCUUCAAUAUUUAUUAUCCAUAAAAAUCAUCAUUUUACAAUUAAAAUAUUGUUAUCUUUACUUAUAUAUUAAAAAUACAUAAUAAACCUAUAUUGUA